UCUUCUUUUUUGGAAAUUCAUAAUCGGAGGAGCGGCGGUGAGGAUAAUGUGAACCGGUGGUGGGGUACCUAUAAUAAGAAAAGGGAAGGCGGUGGCGGCGGUGGUGGUAUGAUCAGGGGCGUACGCGUGGAGGGUGAAGAUGGCAGCGGAGGUAAUAGGAGGAAGCAGGUGGGGGACAUGGGUUGAGCUCCUGUUGGCUGGGGCCAUUCUAAGAUACGGGACCCGUAACUGGAACCAGGUCGCGGAGGAGCUCCAAGCCAGAACCGUUUGUCCCUACACUUUCACGCCUGAGGUUUGUAAAGCCAAAUAUCAUGACUUGCGAAAGCGAUACUCGGGUUCUAAGGCUUGGUUUGAAGAUUUGCGGAAGAAACGAAUGGAAGAGUUGAGACAAGCGCUGAAACAAUCCGAAGACUCGAUAGGGUCAUUGGAAUCGAAGCUUAAAUCUCUCAAGGCGGAGAAAGAAGAAGAUGGUUACAACAAUUACGACUCCAGCCAGACAGAAUCACCUGUUGCUUAUCGAAAAUCAAAGGGACAUUACCCAUCUGUUAAAGAGGCAUUUAAGGACGAGCCAUCAGCCGUGUCAGCUGAAGAAACGGAGACUAAAAGAGAAGCUUCGCACUCUUCCGAAAUUGAGAAAAUCUCAGGCAUCCAGAAGUUGGUAGGGACUUUGUAUGUAGGACUAGGAGGGACUCUACGAAAGCGACGCGGUAAACGAAAGAGGAAGAAUUGUAGUAGGGAUGUCAAGGAAGGCAGCAUUGGAGACAGCGGCUUUUUGGAUUCUGCUGAUGCUGUAACUACCUUGCGGUGUAUAGAAAAUUCAACCAGCGAAUGUCGCGAGGAAUUUGGAUCGUCAGGCGCAGGCGAUUGCAAUAGAGGUUCGACCAAGGAUGAGAUUGACGAGUUGCAGGAUGUUUUCAAUUCAAUUUCGGAGCAUAAAAGUGCCUCUGUCUUUCGUCAUCGACUUGAUAGCCAGAAGAGACGAAGAUAUAAGAAAUUGAUCCGUAGGCACAUGGAUUUCGACACAAUAAGAUCGAGGAUUUUCAAUCGCUCUGUCAUGUCAGUUAAGGAACUCUUUCGAGAUCUUUUGCUGCUGGCAAACAAUGCCUUGGUGUUUUACUCGAAGAACACGCGUGAAUACAAAUCCGCUUUGCUUCUCAGAGACAUCACCACAAAAACAAUGCGGCAGCAUUUUAAGGACUUUAGCAGCAAGACUGCCUCUGCCAACCUCUCCUCAAAUGCACUAGAGUGUAAUACACCGGUUAAACCCCGGAGUGCUCGCCCUGGCAACCGGAAGUUUUCAGGAAAGGCUAGCAAUGCGGGAAACGUGGCUGCUAAGGCAUCAAACAGAAGUAAGAACGCCAGUCAUGCUAAUGCUGAUUCUUCUCCUUCGGUUGAAUCCUUCGCUGUGACAAAGAAAGCCUCCGGUCACCCAAGAAAAGUUGGACGUAGAAGUAGUCAACAAAAUAUAACUCCGGCGAGGGGAAGGAAAAGAGGUUGUACAAAGUAGAUGUAGGCGUAAUUGAUUCAGAAAAUUGGGUGUAGAAGCUCAGAGUAUAUGCGGGUCUUGUGUACGGAAGUUUC